AUGCGAUCCACCAUCCUUCACGUUAUCUGCCACAUCUCCUCCCGCGUUUUUCUGUGCACUGAACUCUGCCGCAACGAAGAAUGGCUUGCCAUCACGAAGGAACACACUAUGAACGGGUUUGAUGCCGUCAACCGUCUUCGGGAGGGGCCCUCUGUUCUGCGACCCUUCGUUCACUGGUUCCUACCUGGCUGCCAGAAGGCCCGCUCUCAUAUUAUUGAGGUCACCAACAUUAUGAAACCAAUUGUCAAGAAGCGUCGCGCUCUCAAGACCGCUGCCAUAGCCGAGGGUCGCAACCCACCGAAGUUAAACGAUGCCAUCGACUGGUUUGAGCAAGCUUACAAGGGCGAACACUGCGACCCCUCUGUCUCGCAGUUGUUUCCUGCAAAACUCGCCAUGCACACUACCUCGGAUCUUUUGGGUCAGGCCUUGGUUGACCUGGCUCGCAACCCUGAGAUGAGUGAGUCACUGAGAAAGGAGGUUCUUGGUGUUCUGAGGGAUGGUGGCUGGAAGAAGUCUUUAUUGUACCGCAUGAAGUUGCUCGACAGCGUUGUAAAGGAAAGCCAAUGUCACACACCAGACCCUCGAGAAAGUACCAUCUUUGCUACCAUGCAACGAAUUACUGUCGAUGAUGUCACUCUGUCCGACGGGACCUUCAUCCCCAAGGGCACUUCGGUCUAUGUUUCCUCCUACUCUCUGUUCGACCCAAAUAUCUACAAGAACCCCAAGAAGUGGGACGGUUACCGAUUUCUCCGUAUGCGCGAGCAGCCCGGAAUGGAGAACAUUGCCCAGCUAGUCAGCACAAGUCUUAAGCACCUGGGCUUCGGUUACGGAAAGUAUUCUUGCCCUGGACGUUUUUUUGCCGCCAAUGAAAUCAAGAUCGCUCUGUACGAGUGGAGACUCCCCGCUGAUGCCCAGCCCAUUAUCAUCGACUAUGCCGAGACCCCUACUAUGAACCCGGCUUUGGAGCUGGAGAUUCGUGGACGCGACGAAGAGGUUAAUCUCAAGUUCUGA